AUGGCGGCUGCUGCUGAUCAUGGAAAAGUUACCACUAUCCUUAGUAUUGAUGGUGGAGGAGUGAGAGGCCUCAUCCCUGCCAACAUACUCGCCUUUCUCGAAUCUGAACUCAAGCACAGGAGGCCUUGUUACAGCUAUGCUUACCAAACCAAAUGGAGAAAACAGACCUUUGAAGCAAAUGAAAUCAAAACAUUUUAUUUUGAACAGGAUCUUCAUAUCUUCCCUCGCGAACCAACCAAAACAGCUGCAAUGUUUUUCCGCAUAGCCGGUUGGUUUGAAAAAAUAAAGAAAUGGGCGGAAUGGCUAGAAACACUGACCUUUGUGAAAUGGGUUGAGAAAGCAUUGCGCCCCAAAUACAAUGGUACUGCCCUGCAUGACAUAAUCAAGAAGGUAAUAGGAAAACCACGGCUUCAUGAAACUAUAACCAGUGUCAUCAUUCCCUCUUAUGACAUCAAGUUUCUCCAACCAGUCUCCACCUUGAAGGCAAAACACGAUCCAUCAAAGGAUGAUGUUCGGCUAGCAGAUGUCUCCAUUGCCGCAUCAGCGGCACCAUACUAUUUCCCUCCUUGCUAUUUUGAGCAUAAACCAUCCAAUGGAGUCCCAAGAAAAUUUAACCUCAUCGACGGUAGUGUUGCAGCCAACAAUCCUUUGGACAACUCACGUAGAGAAAAUCUUGAGCACCUUGAGAAGAUUGGGAAUCAACUCCUUGAAAAACCUGUUUCUGCAUUGAACCUGGAGAACGGCUUGUAUGAACCGAUCGACAACACAUUCAAACACAAAGACAGGCUUGCACAGUUUGCCAAAAAGCUGUCAGAUGAAAAAAAUGUCGACUAG